UCAGUCACUGCAGUCAGGCAGAGAAGGGCAGCUUGUGACCAGAAGCAGCAGGAGAAACCCAGUGCUCCGCCAGAUCAAAUAAAAACCGAACGCAGCGUCUCCAGUGUCCCUCCAGCCUCUCCAGACGCAAUGGACUGCGGAGUCGUCACGUCCAAGACCAUCCUCCUCUUCCUCAGCCUGGUUUUCUGGGCUGCUGGAGCAGCGUUGGCCUACGUUGGUGCCUACAUGAUCCAGAGCUAUGACAACUUUGGCAGUUUCAUUCAGGACAAGCACACGCUGAUCCCAGCAGCGAUCAUUAUCGGCAUCAGCGUGGUGAUGUUUGUCUUCGGCCUGGUGGGAUGCUGCUCCACGCUUCGCGAGUCUAAAUUCGGCCUCGGCUUUUUCUUUCUGAUCAUCAUGGUGAUCUUUGCAGCUGAAGUGGCUGCUUUGGUGUUUAGCUUCAUUUACCAAGGGAAGAUUAAUGGAAGCCUGGAACGCCCUAUGAAUGAUGUCUUCUCAAGGUACGGUGGACCAGAAGCUGAAACCAACGCUAUAAACCUGCUGCAAACUGAGUUGAAGUGCUGUGGUGUCCACAACUACACCAGCUGGUCCAACACUACCUGGUUUAGCAGCCACAACAACACAGUGCCUACAUCCUGCUGUAAAAACGCCACGCAGUGCACUGGCAGACUGGAUCAACCGGAUCUGCUUAACACAGACGGCUGUGAACCCAAGCUGGAGCGCCUCCUGCAGGAUGUGUUGAGAUAUGCCAUGCUGGUCGUUUUCGGUUUUGCCAUCAUCAAGUUCUUUGGGAUGCUGAGCGUUUGUGUGAUAACCUGUAGAACUGGCAGCCGGAGAAGUGGCUACCAGCCUCUGUACGCCUGAAGCACUUUCUGCAACCACCUAGUCUACUUCCAUCCCCACGUUUUGCUCCGCUAGGUUUGCUGACUGCUUACACUGCACUGUACAGAAGCCUCCAUUCACUGUGUAGAAAUUUGAUUCAAAUAUGGACGAGAGGAUCAUACCGGAGCAUUUCUCUACAGAUGAAAUCAUCAUACAGGUGCCCUCUGACUUGUUAAAUCAUUUUGUUGAAUGCGGCCUUCCUUUUAAUUUUCAGUUAUUACCUGAAUUUCCCACAUUGAAGAUGUGUAACCUACAGUUUUGAUCUGGCAAAGGCAGCCAGAUGUUUCUGUAAUGUCUCAGUCCAGUUGUGGCCUUUCUUUGGAACAGCCCAUAAGUAACACUGUAAAAGUAAUUAAAUCAUUGUAAAUGUUAAUCCCUCUUGAAGAGCUUUGGAUUUUGUUUGCUGAAAGCCUUAUUCUUCUGAGGCAGCAUCUCGCUUCCCACGUAGUCUGUAAAACCAGUGCUGCUGCUAAGACAUCAAAUGAGAGAAAAGAUCACAGGAAAGAAAUCUAUUUUGGACAUUAAGGUUUCUGCUUGUAAAUCUUACUGAGCCUUUUCCUCUGCAGCAUCCUGUAGAUUUUCUUUUUGAAGGACAUUACACUUCAGAAUGUACUUUAAUGAAUGACUUCAAAUGAUAUUUUAAGCUUUUUGUGAUUGUGAACAAAAAGACAGCGGUUUAAUGCCUUAUUUAAGGUUGCAGUAUUUAUAGCCAACUAAAUGAAUAUAUACACGUCAUUUUAUGGUCAGUUACCUGUAUUGAACUGGGUAGUGGUUCUACUUCUAGUUUGUUGUGUUUAUGUUUCUAAAUUAAAAAGGUGAAUAUUAUCACAAUA